CUCUUCCUCAUCAUAGGACGCACACGAGUUACUAGUGAACAUGCUGUGCCAGCUGAAGGAGGAGGGCAUGAUACUGAAGACACUCGGGGUGAACUAUUCCUGCCCUGUUUCUCAGCUGGAGUUCCAGCUUGUGUCGGUGCGCACAUGUACCAGCUGUGGGCGCGAGUCGUCCACCAGAGAGGACUACAACCACCUCUCAUUGGACUUCAGCCCUGAGCGCACCUUGCUGAGCAGCCUAGCACUCACUUUCAAAGGUGAUAAGGUUGAAUUCACAUGUGAGGGCUGUAAAGGUCUCCACGCCUUAAAGGUGGAGCAGUUCCACACACUGCCUCUUGUGCUGGUUCUGCAUCUGAAGAGGUUUGGAGGACCUGGGGGGUUGGAGAAGCUGGAGGGUCCUCUUUUGUUUCCUUCGGAGUUUAGGCUCUCCACCCUCUGUGGGGACAUGGUGCCACUCCUGCACAGUGCCAGCCCACAGGCCCUCACCAACCAGGACCCCAGCAUCCAGGGGUCCAUCCCCCAGACCCUCACCAGCCAAGUCUCCAGCCCACCUGGAGAGGCCAAAGACGGGGCCCUCUGCUGUUCAGAAGCAGCAGCCAGUGCAGUCAGUGAAUGGUUACUACCAGCUGACUGGCGUAGUCUCUCAUUUGGGAGGCUCCGCAAACUCCGGGCACUACAUUAGUGACAUCUUGCAUGCCAGUGGAAACUGGUUCUGCUGUAACGACAGCCAGGUGUCAAUGUCCAAUGAAGCCACUGUGCUGAGGACCAGAGCCCGGAGUGCCUACAUGCUCUUCUAUAUGUUCAGGUACUGCUGACUCUCGCCAUCUAUGUUCUUGUGUUGCUAUUUAUGUGUACGGUUCAUUUUACCCUACAGGGCAAGAGAGCGGGAGGCCCCAGCACACAGGGACUAACAGGGCCACCAGCAUCAGCCCCAGCCUAAACAGGGGCAGCACCUGGACAGCCUCCAAAAACUCAGACCUGCCUCAACAGUGGUAGUACCAGGCCCAGCCUCAAAACCCCCAGCCCAGCCUCAACAAAAGCAGCAUUUGGACCAUUUUCAACACCCCCAGCCCACAACAUGGGAAGAACCAGGCCCAGUCUCAACAUGGGAAUAACCAGGCCCAGUCUCAACAUGGGCAGAACAAGACCCAGCCCCAACAACCUCAAACCUGCCUCAACAGGUGCAGCACUCGGCCCAACUUCAAUCAUGCGGCUCAAGGGAGACUGGCUCUUCAACACUAGCAUCAACAUUCUUUCAGUAGCUUAUGUCAUAAAUACCUGCCCGUGAUUUGACUGCUUCACCUAAUGUAUAAAGCUCAUGUAAGAAAACGUAUAAUAUACACACUAAAUGUAGUACACAUGUAAAUGUGUUGGAUAGAGUGUGUGAUUAUUUAGAGGGUACAUCAUCCCUUCUAUUUGGUUUGGUUGAAAUCCUCCUGUUGUGAAAUACACUGUGGUGUAUAACCUCUUAUUCAGCAUGGUCACACCGGAGGACCUGCAAUAUUCAACAUUGAUCCAUGUCGGGAGAUGACUUGUGCAUGCCAUGCAAUUUUAAUAAAGACAAACAAAUGUAAGAUAA